AAACUUGAGCCCUUAACAAAUUACACAAAACAAGAAGAAAAACCCUUAUUAGUUUUUCUGACAAUUCUGAGUCUUCCUUUGCCCGUGCGUUGACGAGAAGCCGAUUUCCGACUUGCAAAGAUGUUUGAAUUUUCCGAUAGAACACCCUGGUCAGUAUUAUCGGUGGAUCUCCAUCCAGAAGAACCAUGGAUCCUGGGAGGUUUGUCAGUUGGAACUUUGUCUCUCUGGGAUUAUGAAGAACGGGUAUUAAUAGACGAUUUCUAUCCGUCUCCUGGUUCUCCGGUUUGGUCAGCUAAGUUUGUUGCUCGCAAGCUGUGGGCUAUAGCUGGAUCUGGGGACAAGUGUAUUCGUGUCUACAAAUGGUACAACACCUCAGAGCCACUUAAAGUAAUUAGUGACGCUCAUACUGCUGCUGUUAGGUGUCUUGCUGUUCAUCCCACUCUUCCUUAUCUUUUGUCAUCAUCUGAUGAUAAUACAAUCAAACUUUGGAACUGGGACAAGGAUUGGUCUCUCUCUCGGGUUUUCUUAGGGCAUUCCGCUUCUGUUAUGCACGUGACUUUCAAUCCCAAAGACCCCCAUACCUUUGCUUGUGCAUCACUUGACAAUACCGUUAAUAUAUGGAGUCUUGGUUCUCUGGAGCCAGUUUUUACUUUAGGGGAGGAACAUGCAGAAGGACAUCUGGACGGGGUAUUUUGUGUAGAGUUCUCUACUCUUAGUGAUAAACCCUACCUUAUCACUUGUUCUGCUGAUCAUACCGCUAAGGUGUGGGACUACCAAACAAAGAGAUGUAUUCAGACACUUGAAGGUCAUACUGACGUUGUUACAACAGUGUGUUACCAUCCAGUGCUCCCAAUUAUUAUUACAGUAACUGAAGAUGCAACUGCCCUUAUAUGGAAUGCCACCACGUUCAGGCUCGAGAAUAAUACAUUGGAUGUUGGCUCUCCUAGAUGUUUUGCUAUCGCACACAUGGAAGGUUCAAACCGGGUUGUGUUUGGUUGCCUCUAUGGUCCUCAAAUGAUGAAACUUAGCCUUGAAAUACCAUUGGCUUGUAUGGACAAUACUGGGACAAUUAUUUGGGCUAAACACAAGGAGAUACUUAUUGGGAAAACCACAGAUCUCAUGAUGCUUUCUCAAGGAGAUGAGUUCAGUGAUCUUGAGAGACUCCCCUGGGAUUUUGACCGUUGGCUAACAACCUUCGAUUUUUGUCCUGAAAGCUUGAAGCACAGCCCUGAUGGCAAGUAUGUGAUUGUUUGUGGAGAUGGCAAGUACACUAUUAUCAACAGUUCCUUUCCAUGGAAAGUUGUGUCAUCUGGCUCGGCGCUGGAAAUUGUUUGGUCAUCUGAUGGGGGAUAUGCUCUCAGGCAAAGUUCAUCACACAUCGAGAUCUUCAACAAGAACUUCGAGAAGAAGGGGAUUGUGACGCCUCCUUACUCAGUAGAGCACAUUUUUGAUGGGACGUCCUUGGCAAUAAGCUCAAGUAAUUUCCUCGAGUUCUAUGAUUGGGAGAAAUUGGCGGUCAGUUUGCGAAUAGAUGUUACCAAAACUCGGGAUCUAUACUAUUCUGACAGUGGUGAUCUAGUUGCAAUUGUCAGUGAUUCAUCGUUCAAAAUCCUUGACCUAAAUUGUGAUGGUGAUAAAACUCUCAGUGAAACCAACCAUGAUGUUCGGACUGGCGUAUGGGUUAAGGAUACUUUUGUCUAUAUCACUGCGGUUGGUGAGCUUAUUUACUGUGUUGGUCGUUCUAAGGCAACGAGAAUGUGUAUUCUGCGCCGUCCUAUGUCGUUGAUGGUGUGUAAACUUAAUGCAAGUCAGGUUUAUCUAAUGGACGAAGAGUUUAACUUGUUUGGUUACACUUUACCUACAAGUUUAAUUGAUUACAAGAGACUUGUGUUGCGUGGACAAUUGGCUAAGGCUGUGGAAGCCUUUACUUCAAUUCCCAAGGAAAAACAUAAAUGGCAUGACGUUUUCUCUUUGGUGGCUUUGUUCUUGGAAGAUCUACAACUAGCUGGUUUCAAAAGUGAGACGCCCGAGGAUUUUGCUAAAGAAGAAGAACUGUGGAUAGAACUUGGCUAUGUCCCACCAGGAACAGUGUUCUAGGUGUGGAAAGAGAAUGGUUUAGUUUCAAGAUGGUUAUUGUACAAUAUGCUACUUCAUUUCGUCCGAAUACUUGGUUUAGUUUCCAAGAUGUCCGAAUUCUUGCAAGCUAAGGUUAUAUUGGAUAUUUUGACAAUAAGUCUAAUAUAUUAUGUUUUGAAUG